GGUCCCCCUUCCGAGAGGUGGCGCUGCCGAGCGGGCCACUUCCCUGACACAGCAUCCGGCGUGUGUGAGGAAACAUUAAACUGAAAGUACCGGAGCCCUGUACUUUGAGCAAAGUAGGCUAACUCCAACACCCAAGGAUAGUUCAGUGACGUGAAAAAAUGUCUCGCAGAUAUGAUUCCCGGACAACCAUAUUUUCUCCUGAAGGACGCCUGUAUCAGGUGGAGUACGCCAUGGAAGCAAUCGGUCACGCUGGAACAUGUCUGGGCAUUCUAGCAAAUGAUGGAGUGCUGUUAGCAGCAGAGAGACGCAACAUCCACAAGCUGCUCGAUGAGGUUUUCUUCUCUGAGAAGAUCUACAAGCUCAAUGAAGAUAUGGCGUGCAGUGUUGCUGGGAUUACAUCAGAUGCCAAUGUACUGACAAAUGAACUGCGGCUAAUUGCACAGAGAUAUUUAUUGCAGUACCAGGAGCCAAUACCGUGCGAGCAGUUGGUGACAGCCCUGUGUGACAUCAAGCAAGCCUACACACAGUUUGGAGGAAAGAGGCCGUUUGGUGUGUCUCUGCUGUACAUGGGUUGGGACAAACACUACGGUUUCCAGCUGUACCAGAGUGACCCCAGCGGCAACUACGGUGGCUGGAAGGCAACCUGCAUUGGCAACAACAGCGCUGCUGCAGUGUCCAUGUUGAAGCAGGACUACAAAGAGGGAGAGAUGACUCUGUCCUCUGCUCUGGCUUUGGCCGUCAAAGUCCUCAACAAAACAAUGGAUGUCAGCAAGCUCUCAGCAGAGAAAGUGGAGAUUGCCACCCUGACACGGGAAGACGGGAAAACAAAAAUCAAGGUUCUUAAACAGAAGGAGGUAGAGGAACUCAUCAAGCGGCACGAGGCUGAAGAGGCCAAGGCUGAAAAGGACAAAAAGGAAAAGGAGCAGAAGGAGAAGGACAAAUGAGCAAAAUAAUUAUUUUUCCCUCGUAUCACCAAAUCCUGUAUUGUUUUGUCUUUUACAUUAAAAGUUUGGAAACUGA